CAGAGUCAUUGGCCUCCAACUUGAGCUUUCCAUUAAAAAAAGCGAACCUAUUCUUCUUAAUCCCGCAAGGAUGCCUAUAUAAGAUUUACUUAAUUGGCUAACAAUAUCAGCAUGUCACAAAUAAAUCAAGCAAGAGAAAACCAUUGAAUUGCUUUCCUCUCGUCUUCUUUCUUUCUUUCUUUGGCCAAUCUGUUCUUCUAUUUUAAGUGUAGAUCGAAACAGCUAGCUCGCACUGUGACAUGGCGGUUGUGGGGGAUUUUGUUGUAGGGAAAGCACUCGACGCACUGUAUGCCGGUGUGGAAAAGCUGAUUGCCAAUAAUCUACUCUUUAAAUCCCUCUCCACCGACAUCAAAUCUAAGCUAGACUCUUUGAGACGGAUGAUUCACAAGAUGGUACAGCGUAACAAGCAAUCCGAUUGUCCAGAGGAUCCAGUACUAAGAGACUUACGAGUACUAAUGGAGGAAGGCGCAAUGCUCGUGGGUAACUGCUCUGAGGUUCGUAGUUGGCACAUCUACAAGAAGUACAAAUACACCAACAAACUUCUCAAGUUGAAUGAAUCUCUUGAGAAUCAGUUAGCUUUACUGAAUGUGCGUGUAGCAGGUGUUGUAGACGAGAACAAUGGUAUGCUACAUGAAAUCUUAGUUAUUGUGAAUCCAAACAAAUGUACAGAAAUUGAAGAUCGGUGUGCACUACCUGAACUACCGCCACUUAUAGUUGGAUUGCAUAUUCCAUUGGAGAAAUUGAAGACGGAAUUGUUUAAGGAUGAGGUAUCGAGGCUUGUACUGACUGGUCCCGGAGGAUGUGGGAAAACUACUUUGGCAUCAAAGUUUUGUCAAGAUCAAGACGUCAAAGAUAAAUUCAAGAACAACAUCUUCUUCGUCACUGUUUCUAAAAAGCCCAAUUUGGAGCUUAUUAUGAAAGUGCUAUACAAACAAAAGGGUUAUGAGGUACCUACUUUCCAGAAUGGAGUCUUUCCAGUGAAAUGGCUGCAACAAAUUGUGAAGGAAAAAGGUAAUGAUCCUUUAUUGUUGGUCUUGGAUGAUGUUUGGUCUGGAUCAGAAUCUGUUCUUCAGACGUUUGAAUUCAAAAUGUCAAAUUACAAGAUUUUAGUGACAUCGAGGUCUGAAUUUUUGGGAUUCGGUUCUUCAUAUCGUCUACAACUAUUAGACAAUGACAAUGCAAUGCAGCUAUUUCAUCAUACAGCAUCCUUGGGAGAUAAGAGCUCUCAUAUUCCAACACAUCUUUCAAAAGAGAUAGUAAAGCGCUGUAAUGGAUUUCCACUGGCCAUUACAGUGGUGGGAAGAUCACUUUGCGGUAAACCUAUAGAAAUGUGGCGAAGCAGAGUAAUUGAAUGGUCGAAAGGUUAUUCUAUUUUGGAUUUUGAGACAGAAUUGCUUCUUCGCCUCAAAACUAGCUUAGAUGCCUUAGAUAAUGAAAUGCCUAUGGUUAAGGAAUGUUUCUUAGACCUAGGUGUGUUUCCAGAAGAUGCUACUAUCGAAGUUACAGCUCUCAUUGAUAUGUGGGCAGAGUUGUAUGAUUUGGACUUGGGGACUUUAUGCAUAGCCAAACUCUAUGAACUCAACAAUCGCAGUCUAGCUAAUUUGUCACGAUUUAGAGGUAUUGGGUUGAUAGUUGAGGAGGAUGGAGACUAUAGUGACUACACUGUUAAACAACAUGAUUUGCUUAGAGAAUUGGCUAUCUACCAUUCGAAACGAGAUCCGAUGGAGCAUAGAGAAAGAGUAAUUAUAGAAAUAUCUGGAAACAAUCUUCCCAAGUGGUGGAGUGAACAGAAGUAUCAACCCAUCAAGGCUCGUCUUGUAUCAAUCUCAACUGAUGGAGAAUUCUCUGUGAAAUGGCCCGACUUGCAACUACCUGAAGCACAGGUUCUAGUGUUGAAUUUUCAGACGCAAUAUAACUUUGCCUUGCCCGAAUGUGUGGAGAAAAUGGAAAAGCUCAAGAUGCUCGUUCUCAUAAAUUCUAGCUUUUAUAGUACCAUAGAUAAUUUUCAACUUCUGGAUUCCUUAUCAAAUCUAAGGAGUAUUAGAUUAGACGGCCUCAAUCUUUCUUUCAUAACCGAGAGCCCGGUACAGUUGAAGACUCUACACAAGUUAUAUUUGGUAAACGGUGAAUCUCUCGGCAACGGUCCUGUCAAAUUAUCACAUGUAUUUCCAAAUCUGAAGGAAAUGUUCAUUGAUUGGUUCAUCAAAUUGGAGGAAUUGCCUGCAGAGCUCUGCGAGCUGAUUGAAUUAACAAAGCUCACAAUCGGCAGUUGUAAUGAGCUUUCUGGCUUGCCUGAAGCGAUUGGAAAUCUGGUCAAUUUAGAAGUGUUGAGACUUCGGUACAAUUUAGAGCUUUCAGAGGUUCCAGACUCGAUUGGAAAUCUCAACAAAUUAAAAAAUUUUGAGAUUUCUGCUUGCCAUAAAAUUGAGAAAUUGCCUGAACACAUAGGUGAGCUGAAGUGUUUAACAAAUCUCCGCAUCAUGUGGUGCGAUUUGCUAUCUGCCUUGCCUGAAGCGAUUGGAAAUUUGGUCAAUCUAGAAGUAUUGAGUCUAAGGUUCUGUGACAGGUUGUCAGAGUUGCCAGAGUCGAUUAGAAAUCUCAAAAAGUUAAACUUUCUUGACAUUCAUAAUUGCAGCAUCAUCAAGGAGUUGCCUGAACAGAUUGGUGAAUUGAAGAGUUUAAGAAUGCUGCAAAUGAGUGGUUGCUCCGAAUUGAGAAACCUGCCUCAAUCAGUUUCAGAUCUUGAGCAGUUAGAGGAAGUGAUAUGCGAUGAGUGGGACGAAACACAUCUAUGGACACCCUUGUUACCCACUCUCAAAAACCUUCGCAUCGUGGUGUAUAAGAAGGAAGACUGAUUUACUGUUAAUGGAAGUGUAU